AUGGGCUGGGGGCUCAUGCGAUGGAUAGUCUCGGUGCGAGCCGUGCAGCUCAUGGGCUCCUUCAUCCCGGGCGCACUCAACGGGUGGCUGCUUUACUACAUCUAUUCCAAGAGUAUCGGGUUUGAGCAGUCAAUGGUUAUCCUGCAGAUACUAAUCACUCUCGUUUUCUUUUACACAUUACUGUCGCUCCUGGUGAACGGCUACAAGCGCUCUCAACGGGCAGCAUGGAUGACUGGUAGCAUAUUCUUUGACGUCGUGUUCUGCUUUUUCGCCGUGGCUAUCAUUUCUAUACUUGCCUACACAGGACUCCCGUCCAACUGUAGUGGACUGUCAAAAACAAUACCUGUGGAUGCGGAAGACGUACAUCUUCAGAAGGGAGGAUUCAACGAGAUCGGUUUCAGCAACAUGCAGGGUGAUAACAAUGGCACGUUAGAUCAGUACUGUGGCAUGGAACGCGCCUUCUACUUUAUCGCUCUGUGUAUCAUCCUGAGCUAUAUCAUCACUAUCAUACUGUCGGUCAUUCGCGUGUGUCAACUGCGGAUGUAUUCCAAGGACGAGGUCGACGGGCUUCUCAAGGAGCGCGAGGACAUGAUCAAUCUGGAGCACAAACUCCAGGACCAGGAGGCAGCCUCGACGCCGGCGCCGACGCCUGCGCAGAACGUGUCACCAGUCGCGCCCCAGAGCAAUGGUGCUUUUGCAGCGACCAACACCCGCUCCAAUACUCAUCCCAGUCCAGCGUCGAGGACAAGGUACCAGACGACACCCUCGUCAUCGAGCCGGCCCGCGCGCCCGGGGCUGCGACACGCCGCCGACUCGCAGCCCGGGCCCUCAUCAUCAUCGUCCUCGUCCUCAUACAACAACCGCGCGCGGCAACCCGCCGAGCCCGUCUCCCCGCUCUCGCCAGACUCCCCGAUCUCCUCCACGGCGCCCCUGCCGCACGACCGGGGCUUCAUCCUGUCCGCGACGGACGUGAGCGCCAACCUGGCCAUGGUCGCCGAUGGCUCGCGGUACACGCCGCAGCACCACCAGCAUGGCUCCGACCACAACCAGCUGCCGCCGUACUCGCCGGGGAACAACAUGCGGGCGACGAUGCACGGGCACGGCGGGGAGAGCAAUGACAUACGGCUGAGCGAGUACGUCAAAGGGGCGACUGCGGCGCAGGACAUGAAGGAUUCGAAUGGGUUCUGA